CAAUGCCGAUUGUUCUUUUCGGUCGAGGUGGAGCGGAGCACGAGAUUCGUCGCAGCCGCAGUUUUGAUCGGUCGCUCUGCUGCGCUCGAGAUGCGCUCUGCUGGCCAAUAUACAGUAUAAUUGUACACCAGAGGUUAAAAUCUAAAAAAAAAAAAAAAAAAAAAAAAAAAAAAAAAAAAAAAAAAAGAAAAAGUAAAUAAAUUAUACUCGGUGAUUGUCAGUUGCAUUGUCUCGUUAGCUGGUACUAGCUCCCAUCGGCUUUUCGAAUCCUCUUCGCGAAAACACGGACUUGUAGUAAGUGCUCGUAUUUGAGCAACAAAUUUUUGAUAACAAGAGCGCAUAUAUGAUCCGGAGUGAAAAAUGAAUCAUGAGCCUACGUGGAAAGGGCCACUGCACAAACGAUCGUGUACCGAUUGUUUCUGGCUCCUAAUCUUCAUCAUCUUCCUAGGUGGCUGGGGCACCGUCUCCUACUACGCUUUCAAGAAUGGAAGGAUCGAAAAGCUCUUUCACCCCAGCGACAGCGAGGGCCGAAAGUGCGGCAUCGACUCGCAAGUUAAGAACAAGCCCUACCUGUUGUUCUUUGAUCUCACCAAAUGUGCCAAAAUUUCUCCGAAAGAUCGCAUCUGUCCCACGACGCAGGUCUGCGUGAGCCAGUGCCCGCAAAAGAAUUUUCUCUUCAACGCUGGGAUGACCGACGUGAAUCGACUGAAAAAAGACUUGAUCUGCAAGAUUGACGUUAAACUCGACAAGAUCAAUCGGCUCGACGAAAUUAAAAUGCUCAUCGAUCACGAAAAGUGCGCCAGGUGGUACUUGGAAAGCACCUCGAUAAUCGGCCGGUGUUUCCCCAACAAGGUCUGGGACGAGUUUGUCAACGCCACCAUCACGGACGAGGCGCUCGCCUCCGCCAAGGAAGUCGUCAAAGCCGUGGCUGAGGUGGAGCAAUUUUUGAAAAAGGCCUUUGAAAGCGCCAAGGAAAACAAGUACAUUGUGCUCGCGAUCUCGAUAAUCAGUGGAUUCGUAUCGCUUUUCUACAUCGUCAUACUGAGGUGGCUGGCAACGCCGUGCGUUUGGGCGACAAUUUUCACAUUGUGCGGUCUACUGGGCUUCGCGACAUACGAAGCGUCACUGAUUUACCAAAAAAACCAAACCACCGAGUGGCUAAUCGUCCUAAUUACUUGCGCCGUCCUUUGCACUGUGAUAGUACUGGUAACCCUGUUUCUGCGAAAAAGAAUCCAUCUAGCUUGCCAACUGAUCAAAGAGUCCAGCAAGGCCGUGACGUGCAUACUGUCGAGUUUGUUUUUCCCGCUGGUGCCGUGGCUAUUGCACCUGUUGGUCUUAGCGUACGGAGUGACGAUAUUCCUGUACCUCUCAACCGUAUGGAAGCCAAACUACCGAGUGGACAUGAUGAACGACGACUGCAGCUGCGAGCCCUCGCUCCGCUACGUCGCCAACUCGUCGUGCGAUCCCGAUUUGUUUAACGCCAAGUGCGUCCAACGGUCGACCGGUGAGCCCUGCACCCUCUCGGCUUGCAACCUCUUAAAGAAGGACCGACCUUGGUUCAUCAAUCACUUCCACGUGGUCAACAUCAUUGGCUUCUACUGGCUGUUCUUCUUUGUCUCGGCCUUUGGCGAGAUGGUUUUAGCCGCGACCUUCGCCACUUGGUACUGGACUUUCCGGAAACGCGACGUACCCUACUUUACCAUUACGGUCGGCCUGUACAGGACCAUCAGGUAUCACUUGGGAACGCUGGCCUUUGGAUCUCUCAUCUUGACGAUUUGCCGAUUGAUCAGGCUCAUCCUCGAGGUGAUCAACAACAAGGUGAAAAAGGCCAACAAUCAGGUGGCCAACGCCAUAAUGUGCUGCUGCAGGUGUUUCUUUUACCUGCUGGAGAACUUUUUGCGAUUCGUCAACAGUAACGCAUAUAUCAUGUGCGCUGUGUAUGGAAAGGGCUUCUGCAGCUCGGCCAGGGACGCAUUCAAUCUUCUCAUGCGGAACGUCGUGCGCGUCGUCGUCAUAAACAAGAUCACGAGCUGGCUACUGUUGUUGGGUAAGCUGUUAAUCAGCGCGCUCACGGUUGCAGCCACUUGGUGGUAUUAUACCAACAGCAGCGCGAGCAAGGCCGGUUGCAAGGAUGACGUAAGCUGCUGGGCGGUGCCGGUGGCCAUGACGGCGAUAGCGUCCUACUUGAUAGCCACGGUGUUCUUCAAGGUUCACGCGGCGGCCAUUGACACGCUGUUCUUGUGCUUUCUCGAGGAUUGCGAGCGCAACGACGGUUCCAAAGAGAGGCCCUACUUCAUGAGCAAAAGACUGAGAAGACUCUUACACAAGUGAAAGGGGUACGAUGAACAUCCGUCAUUCUCUGAUAACUUUGUUAUUGCCUUCCGCGAAUGGCAACUGAGAAGUUUUUGUGAUUCAUCGAGAUGUACACACUCAUACAUACAACUUAUUCAUAUUUAUAUCCGUAUUUAUACUUAUAUACAUAUAUUUUUUAUAAAACUUUUGAGGCUGUUGUCAAGAUGCUGUGUAGAUAUUCACACAAAUGUAUAUUGUUGUUCGCACGAUUAUUGUUUUUUGUUUUUAUUGAAUUUUUUUUUUUUGUACUCGUCAUCGCUCAAACAUUGAAACAUUAUGAAAGCGUUCAGUAUUACUUGCUAGGUAUUUUAUAAUUGCAAAAUAAACUUUAACGAACAUUGCGAAUAAAUGAAACAAGCAAGUU